UUUUCAUGAUUAUAAAAUUCCUGACGUAUGGUUUGCUUUUUGUUUGGGUUUUACUGUAACUCCGUUGUCGUUGAGGUGGUAAAACCAUAGUAGUAUAAACUUUGAAGUGGAACGAGAGGGCGAGCAAGCGACACAGAGCGAGAGAGAACCUUUUUCUGUUCUCCGAGUGAUAGAAAGAGAGUGAUGAAGAAGAAGGAAGUGGCAGUUUCAAGCCCUAAAAGCGGGAAAGAUACCGAGAAAGAUUUACCCGUACCAACCUUCAGUCUCUCUUCCAGAAAUGCUUCCUCCAAAUACGACUUCGUCAAGGUAAAGGUUUGGUUGGGUGAAAAUGCUGAUCACUAUUACGUUCUAUCCAGAUUCUUGCUCAGCAGAAUGCUAACUGUCACUAAGAUACCAAAUCAUGUAGCUAUUAAAAUUGCUCUCGAGCUCAAGAAGCUACUCAUAGACAACAGCCUUCUAGAUAUCUUUCAGUCAGAUUUGGAAGCUAAUCUGUUUAAGCUGAUGGAGCGGUGGGGUUAUGGGGAAGAGUACAUUAGUCGAUACAAGAUGACGACCAGAUUUCACCAUCAAAGAGUACCUCUUGUAAUUCUUGUAUGUGGAACUGCCUGUGUCGGAAAGUCUACCAUCACUACCCAACUGGCACAAAGGCUAUAUUUGCCAAAUGUCCUACAGACUGAUAUGGUAUAUGAAUUGCUACGAACAGCAACAGAUGCACCAUUGGCAUCUACUCCUGUAUGGGCCCGAGACUUCAGAUCCUCCAAGGGGUUAAUCACUGAAUUUUGUAUAGUGCAGAAUUGUUCGUACGUUUGCUUGGUAUGCUUGGCUGGUGAUUUGAAGAAGGCUAUGAAAGAUGGGAAGCCAAUUAUAAUUGAGAUAAGUGAAAAGAAUUACUUAGAAGGUGCAAAGUUUUCUGAUUGCUUUUCUGCUCACACAGGUGAAACUCUUAAAGAUGCAGAGAAAGAAGGAAAUACAUUUGUUAGGAAGAAGUCUGGUUCUGAACCAAUAGCUAUACCUAUAGUUCUGAAGAUGGCUGUAUUUGAUCAUAAGGCAUUACUAGUGGAGUGGAUCACGACCCGCACAUUUAAGGAUAAAUAUCUAGUCCAGGACAAAGAUAAGCUACUAACCAACUUAAAAACUAUUCAGGACUAUCUUUGCUCAUUCAAGUCAUGGGGUUUGACUGUUGCUAAUAUAUCAGCAACAACAUUCCCACAAACACUGGAUUGGCUAAACAGUUAUCUUCUUCCGGUAGAUGAUAAGAUGUGCUGGUCUGAAGACUGCAAGUUGACCCUAAUCUCAUGGUUGCAUCAAUAUGAUAAGAUGCUGAGCUCUUCCGCUCAUGACUGUUUUUAACCUGGAAGUUAGCCCAGCUGGCAGGUCUGAAGCCAGUUUUUUGGUUUUAUGCCUUCAUCAAAUGAUUCAAAAGCUACUUUUGCUGGGA